AUGUUACUCGCCUUCAGCUUCCUAUAUAUCGUCGAAGAGACUCUAAUCAAGAUAUCCAUCAUAUGCUUCUACCUUCGAAUUUUCGGUGAAUCAAAACCUUUUCGCCUCCAGUCUUACAUGUUGAUCACCGUUCUUGGCUUGUGGGCAGUUGCUGGGCUUCUGGAUAUUGUAUUGAUUUGCAAACCAUUGGCCUAUAAUUGGGACACGUCAAUGAAAGGGGGACACUGUGGUAAUCGACAAAUCUCCUAUAAGGUGGAAGGGGGGAUCAAUGUGGCAACGAAUUUUCUCACCAUGGUGCUUCCAAUACCUCAGAUCAUGCACCUUCAGCUACAUAUGCGACAAACAUGGUCACUAGUGGUUAUGUUUGGUCUAGGUUGUUUUAUAACUGUAGUCAGCAUACUCCGCAUCCAAGCCCAAGGCAUGGUGAAAAUGGAAGAUUUUUGCUACACACUCACCAUGUCUUUACUCUGGGGCACCAUUGAGCCCCUACUCAGUAUCGUCGCCGCCAAUCUACCCAUGACGCGCACCCUCCUCGCCGUAGUUGCUCCUUCCGUCUUCAGUUCAUCCCUACGAAAACAAACGACCGGACGGUCCGAACUUACUACAUUUGGGCAUUCUAGAAACAGAAGUGCGCCAAAUAAAUCACAAUUUGAGGUGAUUGAGAUUGAUGAGCGCUUUGGGUAUUUGAAGAAGGCGGGCAUUGAUGUUGAGAUGAAUAGGUUGGGUACGCAGAAUAGGAUUUCGGGUGGAACUGAUAAAAAAAAGGCUGGUUCGAAGCUAAGCUGCAUUUUAUGA